CGUUAGCAGAGCUGAACCAGAAAUAAAUUCGCAACAUGGCCAUGCAGUCUCAAGUUUUUAUACGUGGCAUCUGUCGAUCUGUACGGAAUUUACAAACCCCAUUCUGUCACCAGCUGCCUGGGAAGCUGAGUCGACACAGCUCCAGUACAAGCAAUGGACUAGGCAAGCUCUAUGAACUGAGAGUUUAUCAAAUCUGGCCAAAGGAUAUGAAACCAUUUAUUGAACUGAGCAAAGAAUGGAUACAUCUGAGAACUGCUCACUCCCCUCUCAUUGGAUACUGGGUUAGCGAAAUUGGUGGUAUCAAUGAUGUUGUCCAUAUUUGGGAAUAUGAUAACUUGACCCAGCGGGCUGCAGUACGACAGGCUCUGGCUGGAGAUUCUCAUUGGAUCAACAGUUACUUCAGCAAGAUAUUACCAAUGAUGUCUCGUCAGGAAAACAUGUUACUUCAAACCGUUGGUGACAGCAGUCUUGUUCAGCCAGACCUCAAAGGUGUUUAUGAACUGGACACAAUCAAACAGGGAGCAGGGCUCAAAUUUUCUUCCGAUAAAGGCAAUGCAAAACUUCUGGGCACAUUUCAAAGUGUUCUUGGACCAACCAACACAGGGUACCAGCUGUGGUUUCAUAACUCUCUUCAGCAGGCUGUGGAAAACCAGAUAAAGGGAGACAAUUCAGAUGACCAGGCAACAGGAGGACAUAGACGACUACUGAUUCCGACCCCUUGGUCUCCUCUUCAGUAGAAUAGGAGGCCUUCACCUCACCUCAUUCUGCUCCUUGGCAUGACCAAAGACAGUAGACUUAAGAUACCUAGUAUGUUAGUUUUCCUUCCAUGUGACUGAAAGAUGAGGUGAUUGAAUUGGUACAACAUGGAGUAUUUUAAACAGUUUUCUUCCUAAUUUGUAUACACAACUUUUUGUAGUUAUCAAAAUAUAUGUGAACCAGAUCCUUUAAACAUAAAUCCCAUGGGCCUAAGGGUCAUUUGACUUUAAAUAUCUGUAUGUGAAAGAGGCCAAAUAGGCCUAAAAUAAAUUGCUCAACUACUCUACAGGUUACCUAGAUUAGAAGACAUUGGUUGGUUCAUACAGACAUUUCCUGCAAAGUUGAAAUCAUAUUCUUUAUAAAUGCACUACACAAAUGCCUUUACUCGGGACAUAUUGCUUGUCGAAAAGAAAUUGCAAGAUCUCAACUCACUUAGCCCAAGAGAUCUAGAAUAUCAAGGUUAAUUAUUUCAACAAAUCAGUAUCCCUUCAUCCAUUUAUAUUAGAGAACUUAUAUCAACAGCCUGGAUCUUUGUGUUAUUGAGACGUCAUUUGAAGAUUUUAGCAGGCCCAAUAUCAAGACCUUUGGCCUUUUAGGUAUUUAGAAGAAAUAUGUUAAAAUGUUAAAACAACUUCUUCUCAUUAACAAAAAUGCCAAGGGUGCUGAUACUAGGCCUGUGGCAUUAUUGGAUGAAGGGCUACCAAGUUUGUUGAUAUGAAUGACCUUGAUAUGCUUUCAAGGUCACAGGGGUAAAAUAUGUUAAAAUCUUCAAAGAACAUCUUCUCAAUAAUCAAAAGGUCCAUGGUACUUUUAUGGGCCUUUAGCAUUCUUGGAUGGAGAUCACCAAGUUUGUUCAAAAUUACCUUGACCCAUUUUCUAGAUCACAGGAGUUCUUCUCAAUAAUGAAAAUGGACCAGGGUGCAGAAAUCAGGCUUGCAGUCUGAAAUAAAUAACUUCCAAGUUCAUAUUAUUGACCUUGACCUAUUGGCAAGGUCACCGGUGUGAAAUGUGUUAAAAUCUCCAAACAACCUCUUCUCAAUAACCAAAUGGCCAAGGGUCUUGACUUGAUACUGGGCCUGUAGCAUGCUGUUUUUCUUUAAGCAAUAUACCUGGAGUAAUGGCAUUUGUGUAGUACAUGUAUAAAGAAUAUAAUUUCAAGUUUGCAGAAAAUGUCAUUAUGAACCAUCCAUUGUCUUCAAUGUAAGCUGUAGUGUAGUUGUGCAAUUUAUUUUAGGCAUAAUUUGUCUCUUCCAUAUAUACAGUAAAUCAUCCAUCAAUAUAUGAUUUUUUAUAUCUGAAUUUUUUUUCAUCUCAUGCUUACAUUCUGUUUACACUACAAACUAUUUGUUCUAUUUUGAAUGGUUAACUUAGAUUCCCUGAGAAUUGUUUUGUUGAAUAUAAACAGUGCUAUAUACAUCAUAUAUUUUUAUCUUAAACAGGUUACUCAGAUUGAAGUUGCUAGUUUAUAAACUUUACCACUGAAUUCCUUAUACAUUUUAUUUACAUAGUCAUAAACCUUGAUUUUAAGUGCCAUAUUUAUAAGUGUAAGUUAUAUAAGCUAAAUAUUACAUUAGUUUCUUCAGGGGAGGUUCUGUUGUUUGUACACUGUGCCAUUUGUAAGUGAAUUACCUAGUCCCUAUACAGAAUACCGGUAGUUUAAUAUUUUAGUCACACACACAUCAAGGCAUCUGAUCACAUAUGGAUCCUUUUUUUCUGCAUAUGUGUGAAAUCAUUCAGCAAGAAAAAUUAAUACAAAAUAAUGUAAUGUUUUUCCCUUUAAAGUUGUUAUUUUCUGGCAGUUUUUGGCAUCAGUCACUAUUUACUGAUCGGUAAAAACAUGAAUUGACAAGGCAUUGCAGAUUCUGAAGGGAAAUCCUUCAAAAUUUAACUUGAAUUUGACUUUCAAUGUUUGCAAACCAUAAAAUAAAAAAAAAUAAAAAAAUUGUCCAAUAUAUAUAUCCAAUGUGUCAAAAUCAGAAAUUAACUGUUCAUCUGAAAUUUAUUUUUUUACUUUCCACUUCACUAGUGUAUGUUUUUACCACAUUAUGUGUUUUGAUACAGUGUGUUUUAGUACUAGGUGUCCAGUAAGAUUUUUGGCUGAUUGUUGUUAUAAGUUUUACAAGACAAGUACUAUUUUCAGAUCUUGAUAUGCCAACAUUUUUCUUUUUACAUGUACUUAUAUGUCUAUAAACAGUUGUACACACUGGUUAAUUUCAUCACUACUUAACUUGUUCCUUUUUUUUUGUGAUGUAACAAGCUACAUAUUCAAUUGGUUGAUUCAAAUUUAAACCAUAUAGAUGGAACUAAAAUUAUAUAUCUGUUGAUUUCUUCUCUACAUGGUGCUGGGUGCUUUUGUAUUGUCAAGAUGAUACAAUUUAAAUAUUUAAUUGGUUGAUUCAAAUUUAAACCAUAUACAUGGAAAUAAGAUCAUGUAUCUGUUGAUUUCUUCUCUACAUGGUGCUUGGUGCUUUUGUAUUGUCAAUAUGAUUACAAUUUAAAUGUUUUCACUUGUACUGAUAGAUCUUUUAAGGAAUAUUGCUAUAUCGGAAUACAUAUUAUGUGUUUUCUGUUAUUUGAAACCUUUGUCAUAACGAUUAAUACAUACCAGGUAUGUAUAUAUGCCUUCCUUGCCAAAAUUGAUUAAAGAAUGAAUAUUCAGUGUGUAGAAA